UCAACCAUGUGUGCCCUAUAUAAAAUAAUAAUAAUAAUUAAUACUAUAAAAGAACACUGCACAUGAAAUCGAUCGAAUACAGCAAUGGAAGUAGAGCAAGUUCUCCACAUGAACGGUGGCGUUGGCCAAGCUAGCUAUGCAAACAAUUCAUCUCUUCAAAGAGAGGUGAUAUCAAGGGCCAGACAAACACUGAAAGAAAGCAUUCGAGAAGCUUAUUGUAAUAAAGCCUUGCCAGAGUGUUUAAGAAUAGCAGACUUGGGCUGCUCCUCAGGCCCUAACACACUAAUUGUGGUCUCAGACAUUAUUGACAUCAUUGAAGCCAUUUCUUGCCAAUCCUCGAACAAGAUCAACUCACCAGCUUUCCAAGUUUUCUUGAACGAUCUUCCAUGGAACGAUUUCAACGCCGUCUUCAGAUCCCUUCCGAGCUUCUAUGCGAGGCUCAAGAAAGAAAAGGGUGACAAGUUUGGUCCUUGCUUCAUCGCAGCAAUGCCUGGGAGUUUCUAUGGGAGGCUUUUCCCUAAUAACUUCAUGCAUAUUGUUCAUUCUUCUUAUAGUUUGCAUUGGUUGUCAAAGGUUCCAAAGGAGUUGGUAGAUAAUCAAACUGGAGAAGCACAUAACAAAGGAAAUAUUUACCUUUCGAAGACAAGCCCUCGUGUGGUUUUCAAAGUAUAUUUUGACCAGUUUCAAAAAGAUUUCACAUACUUUUUAAGAUGUCGUUCGGAGGAAAUAGUUGAUGGUGGUGUUAUGAUAUUAACAAUUAUUGGCAGUACUGAAAAUGAUUCUCCAAAUACUCUUUGGGAAAUAUUGGGAAGGACACUAAAUGACAUGGUCAUGCUGAAUAUAAUUGAAGCAGAAAGUUUGGACCAUUUCAACAUGCCAUUAUAUUUUCCAAAUGAAAGGGAAGUGAAAAAUGUGAUUCAAGAAGAAGGAUCUUUCUCUCUACAGAAGCUCAAUGCUUUCGAAACUGCUUGGGAUGCAGGUUUCAGUAGUGAACAUACUUCCAAAAUAGACAAUAAUAACAAUGACAUGCAGAAGAGAGGAAAAUAUGUUUCAGAUUACAUAAGAGCAAUUUCAGAGUCUAUUUUUGUGAAACAAUUUGGAGAAACUAUAAUGGAUGAAUUGUUUAAGAGGUUCACUGAUGAGGUCAUUGAGUCCAUGGCCAAAGAAAAAUGGCAAUGCAAGAACUUGGUUUUCUCCUUAACAAAGAAUAAUGUGCAAUCUUACUUUAUGAACUAGGUACUAAUUAAGGAUUCGUUACUCAGUUA